CAGCCCCGUCUGCAGAGCAUUACAGGGACCAGGGCAGCCUCUGGGGAGGGCUGUGGGAACACAACAGGGAAUGUCUGCCAGGCCCCACACAGAGCCCCUCCACACUCUGGGUCCCUGGUCCACUGGCCUGUGAGCCAUCUGCACCACCACAGGGCACACAGGGCAGCUCACCCAGGCUUCCACCCAACACAGAACCUGGAAGAAGACCACACCCACUCCCCCCGCCCCCACCCACCCACCCCGUCCCUGCGGCACCACCAAAGUUUAACAUAAUGCCAGUUGGCAGAGGAGGCAAGUCUGCAGGGCCCAGCUCCAUUAUCGGGCAGCAGACAGCAUGGUUUUGGAGCUGAGGGCCAAUAACCAAAUGACAGCCCUCCACCGCUUCAUCCUCCCACCGCCCCUUUUCAUUUCCCUCAUCUGACAUCCGCUUAACUAUUAGCUACCAGUUUGGCAGCCCGUCCCCGCCCCAACCUGCCAGGGUCCUCCUACUGGUAACAGCUGGCCAGCAGGGCCAGGCCCUGGGGCCCUGAUCCAUGAUGAUGCUGCUGGCCUCCCGCUCGCUAAGAGGCGCUCUGCAGGCCAGGGCUGUGUCGGCCCCGCCCCCCGACACCUGCACGGAGGAGAGAAAUGCGUGUGGCGUGUAUGGUUCCACGCAGGAGCAGUCACAGCUGCGUGGGCAAACCACACGGCAAGUGCCGGUCUCCAGCCGCCGGGAAGGCACAGUGCUGGUGACAGCCCCGGGCUGAGCCCACUGAACCCUGACCACACCCUGAGGUGGAAAUCAGUGUCCCCACCUGAAGGAUAAGUAAGCCCACAGGCACACAGCUGGACAGAGCAGGCCAGUGGCACAGAGGUGGCUGCAGGACCCUGCCCCCCAAGACACAGGUGGGCUCCUGGGGGCUCCAGAAGCCAGCACCUGAGCAUGAAGCCACCGGCUCUGAAGUUGGGGGUCCUGGUACCCCCCCAGACUCAAGGUCGCUUUGCUGCUGACGGCCGUGCAGGACUCUGUCUGGGGCUGAAGGCCCAGCACCGCCCGCCUGCCUGCCACCCCAGGCAGGUGCCUUCUCCCCUCGGACUCGCGGUGUCGUCUUCAGUCACUGGGGGAGGCCAGGGGGCACCGCUGGCCAUUCCUGGGGCUCCCGGCGGGUGGUACAGCUCCAGCGCCCGCAUGUCAGACCCCCGCCCCCGCAAAGACACACACACCAAGAGGGGAGGUGCCUGGAGCCUAAAGACGAGGCUUUAAGAACGCUGACCACGAACGCCACAGCCCAGCAAGCGGAACAGAGCACUGGCGCCCCGGGGCCGCGACUUCCGAUCAGGGAUUCGAACCCGCGGCUCCUGCACCGGCUCGCCCAGAGCCAGGCCUCGCGAGCCCAGCCGGCGGGCAGACGCGCUUCUCCCGGCUCCCCACUGGCCGCCUCGGAACCCGCUCUAGGACCCAAGGGAGCCGCUCCCCCCUCCGCCCCCGGCGGCGCCGCGCUGGCCAAUGGGCGGGCGUAACGGCCAUAUAUUUGCAUACGGGUGCGCCCUGGCCAAUGGGCGGCGGGCGCGGGCGCAUGCGCGAGCGGGAGGGCGGUGGCGGGCGCGCGGCGGGCUCAGUCGGAGGAUGGCCGCGGCCGCGGCGGGUGGGUCUCCGGGCCAGUCCCCAGGCCCCGCCGCCUCUCGGGCCGCGCCGCAGGUGCUGCGGCGGCGAGGGGAUUCGCGGCGUCGCCAGGCCGCGCUCUUCUUCCUCAACAACAUCUCCCUGGACGGGCGGCCCCCGAGCCUGGGCCCGGGCGGCGAGAAGCCCCCGCCGCCGCCGCCGCCCGCCGAGGCCCGCGAGCCGCCCGCGCCGCCGCCGCCACCGCCGCCGCCGCCGCCCGCGCCCCCCGCCGGCCUGCCCCUGCCCGGACCCGCGGGCAGAGCCUCGGCGCCCCAAGGCCUGCUCAGCCCCGCGCCCGCGCCCGCCGGCUUGGGCCUCGGCCUGAGCCUGGGUCUGGACGGGCAGCGCCAGAGAAGGCGCGUAGGCUCCCAGCGCUGCUCCCUCGAGUUUCUGGAAGACACGGUGGGAUGUGCCUCGGUUCAAAGAACCAAACAUACGUCUGGAUCCCCAAGACACAAAGGCCUGAAGAAGACGCACUUCAUCAAGAACAUGAGGCAGUACGACACCAGGAACAGCAGGAUCGUGCUCAUCUGCGCCAAGCGAUCGCUGUGUGCGGCCUUCUCGGUCCUGCCCUAUGGAGAAGGCCUGCGCGUCAGUGACCUGAGGGUGGAGAGCCAGAAGCAGAGGCAUCCGUCCGGCGGCGUUUCCGUGUCUUCCGAGAUGCUUUUCCAGUUGGAAGGCGUCGAGCUGGGGGCGGAUGGAAAGGUCGUGUCUUACGCCAAGUUCCUGUACCCCACCAACGCCCUGGUCACGCUCAAGCCGGACAUCCACGGCCCGCCGCCUCAGCCCCGGCCCAGUGCCCCCCGUGCUCUGCUGGGGCCCAGAUGCAAACCCGUCCCGCCCAGGGCGGCGCCAGCUGGCUCGGAACUAGGGGCCGACGCGGGGGAUGCCCUGGAGUACAACCCCGACCUCCUGGAUGACCCUCAGUGGCCCUGCGGCAAGCACAAGCGCGUCCUCAUCUUCGCGUCCUACAUGACCACAGUGAUAGAGUACGUGAAGCCCUCCGACCUCAAGAAGGACAUGAACGAGACCUUCCGGGAGAAGUUCCCACACAUCAAGCUGACGCUGAGCAAAAUUAGGAGUUUGAAACGAGAGAUGCGGAACCUGUCUGAGGAGUGUGAUCUGGAGCCCGUGACAGUGUCCAUGGCCUACGUGUACUUCGAGAAGCUGGUCCUGCAGGGCAAGCUCAACAAGCAGAACCGCAAGCUGUGUGCGGGCGCCUGCGUGCUGCUGGCCGCCAAGAUCAGCAGCGACCUCCGCAAGAACGACGUGAAGCAGCUCAUUGAUGUGAGUAUGCAUGUCCCUGUCCCAGCCCUCCCGGCUGCGGGAGUGGGGAUCACCGCCCACGCCCAGACCCGGCCACCUGGCCGCCUGGACGGGAACCGGAGGAGGAGCCGCAGCCCAACCCCUCUCUUCUUCAACACAGAAGUUAGAAGAAAAGUUUCGGUUCAACAGACGGGAUCUAAUUGGGUUUGAGUUCACGGUGCUCGUGGCCCUGGAACUUGCUCUCUACCUUCCCGAGAACCAGGUGUUACCUCAUUACAGACGCCUCACGCAGCAGUUCUAGCCUGGCCCGGCCCUGCGGGCGCGUUUCCAGGCGCUGGGUGUGGCAGGCUGGUGCCACUCCCCUCCACGCCCCUGCUUCCCUGGAGGGACACCACACCACCGCGGUAUUUCGGAGAGCUCUGCUGCAUUCCUCCGUGAACAAAAUGGGGGGCUCUGUUGUUGUUUCUUUUUUUCCUGUGCCUGGUCUGGCACCAGGACUUUGAUUUAUGACGCGCGGUGGUGAAUCCUGACUUCACAGCGUUUCUCCUGUUUGCGUCACCCAGCCUUCUGCUACCGUCGUAGCCACCGCGCUAGCAUCUCGUGGAGAUCUGGGUUUCCAGACCUCACCGCACGCGCUGGAUUGCUAGCGUUAACCUGUUGGGGCAUUAAUCUCGGCUGUUCGGGGUUUUCGGACGUGGAGACCGCACUGUGGAAUCCCCACUCCCCCCCUCGACCCGACUCCUUCCCAGCCCAGCACAGCCCCCUCGGGGGGUGUGCACCCACCUCCCCGCAUCCACACACACAGCUCUGGCGUCAGCCUAAGCCAAGGAGAACAGACCCCUGGUUGGUUUGGGUCUCAUUUUUUUACUCUCGGACUUCUGUUCUUCCAAGGAUCACAUCACUGUGAAGUCCUGAUGCCCUGUUGGGGGUCACACACCCCAACAGGCCUCUGGGCACAGAACUGGCCCACCCCACGCAGGGAUCCGUCUCACCGGGAAGACCCCCCUUGCCCACGAUACUUGGGACCUUCAGGAUGACUGGAUUGCUGGCUCUUGAUCUUCCUAAGCAAUAUUGUGGAGAAACCGUGUUUACUGUCGUGUAGGAUUUGGUUCGGUGGGUCUAUUUUUCCUGAGGGAACAGAAACUUGUUAAACGGUGUCUGCUGAAGUUGUGACUUGAACCACACUUGACCCUCCAGCGGGGAGGAGACCCCUUCACAGCCCUGCCUCCCCGCCAGGGUCUGGUCAGCCUUCUUCCUCCCGGCAGCAAGUGGGAGCCGCCUUGGCCGGAGGAGCCGCCACACCAAGCAGACCCCAAGGGCUGGUGGUCGUUGUCCUGGGCAGGUGUGUGCCCGGCUCGCCAGCUUCUCUACGCUCCACGUGGCCCAGUUCUUCCACUUGCUGCCCCACCAGAAACACUGAAGACCGCGGGCUGGAGCUUCUCCUUCACGGGUCAGCUGCUCUCAGAAAGGACCAUGUUGGCUGGGCCAUUAAGCUGCUUCCCUACUGCUGUCCCAUAAACCAGUCACUGGAGGGGCUCCGGGACAGCCCCACCCUGCAUCCUACGCGUGUGCACUGGUGCUUUUGCAGAACGGAGAGGCCAGCCCUCAUCAGAGUGCUCAGCCACCAGCAACUUGAGACCCCAGCAGGGGUGCAGGACGGCAGCUCCCGCCCUGCUGGCUGCUGUUCCUUCUGCCUCAGUCAGUCGCUUGGGCUGAGGGAGGAGAGGGGGACGAGUGCAGGAUCCAGCGCGAAGCCCAAGUCUGUAUUCCGACCUUAUUUAUCAAGGAGUGCCUCUUCCCUGUCUUCCCCAAGACGGCUCCCAAACCUGAUGUGCACCAAGGAGGGCUUGAAGGAUGAAGCUGCUAGGCCCCAGGCAACUCUUCUGCAAAGUGACCUGUCCAGCCAACACAGCGUCUCAAGGACACUCCUGUUACAGGCGCUGCAGGGGACCAACUUACAAAACGUACGUCCUGGUUUACAAUUAGCCUUGAGGAACGUAUCUUCCUGGAAAUUUCUAUACAGAUGUUAGAGUGGCUGAUACAGUAACUUUACAGUAAGUUUGCCUGUUUACGUAGUGAGAAUUAGUCAUUCACCAAACCCGUCUGUAACCUUCCCUUUAGUGCAUUGCGUCCUUUUUAAUGUCAACAGCUGCCACUGUGUGGUACUCAAGUGAAGCCAGUAUUUAAGGCAUUAAACUUCAGCCUAAAAUGUCACCCCCUAGAACCAGCCCAGACAUCUGUAUCCAAGGGCCUGGGGCCACUCCCUCAGUUCCUAGGAGGCGCUGUGGACUUAAAUGAGCGCGUAAGUGGCCCUCUGACCUCACUGUCUAGUCAAGUGUCAUGGAUCUGUUUGCAAAAAGUAAUUGUGCUUUAAGUAAAAUUUGGUUUUGCAACAUGUGUCACAGGCUGCCCUUCAGCCGGCCAGCCCCUUCCAAUCACAGCAAAACGCCAGCCC